AUGUCAUCUGCGUUACCUCUACCACGAUUGAUGAACGAUACAGCUCACACAGAUUCCCACGAAUCGCAGAUAUCAUAUUCCAAAGACGAUUCAUCUGCGAAUGACAGUAUAUAUAGGCAUCGAUGGCAGAGAUCUGAUAUAGAAAAUGGGUAUGCGGAUGCCAAUGGACGUGGGAAUAUAAAUACCAACAACAAUUCAGACAAUAGAGGUUCUGCGGGAUCAGAGUCUUUGGUUGUGAAGGAUGAUCAUGGAGUAGGAGAAGUGGACCAACAGCCAGACACCAGGGAGAAAGCAGCUGCCAAAUGUAGGAACGAUCCUUGUAACAAUGUGCCAAUAUGGCAUUCCCAAGACCGGAGUGUGGUUCCAAACUACCAUGCAUUUCGUUUCAGUAGGACCCAGAAUUCAUUUGUAUUCCCAAAUACCGCACUAGCUACAGCGACUAUACAAAUAGGAAAAGCAUUUGGUUCAAAUGUCAUUCGUAUUAUUGGGACCGUGAUUUCCGUCAUACUGGUUGUUGUUUGGCUGGGGGUUCUUUCUAUGAUAAUCAGAGCCUUGUUCUUGAAACGACUUCUUAUGCCAGAUCAACUUGAUGGAGCUGCUUCUCAAAGGAAGAAGUGGAUGACGAAAUUUAAAAAGGUCAAGGAAAGAAAGUAA